AUGGAUAUUAUGAGAAACGUGACAGAGUUUGUUCUACUGGGACUCACAGGGAAUCCAAAGAUGCAGAAAAUUGUAUUUGUUGUGUUUUUUCUCAUCUACAUCUUCACUGUGGUAGGGAAUUUGCUUGUUGUGAUUACUAUUGUUAGCAGCCCAUUAUUUGGGUCCCCUAUGUACUUUUUCCUGGCCCAUCUCUCCUUCAUUGAUUCCUGCUAUUGCUCUAUCAAUACCCCUAAACUUUUCACAGAUGCACUCUAUGAAAAGAAGACCAUAUCAUUCAAAGGAUGCAUGAGCCAAAUAUUUUGGGAACAUUUCAUCGGUGGUAGUGAGAUUAUCCUGCUCACUGUAAUGGCCUUUGACCGCUAUGUGGCCAUCUGCAAGCCCUUACACUAUACAACUAUCAUGAACGCACGGGUGUGUGGCCUCCUAGUGGGAGUGGUGUGGAUGGGAGGCCUUCUUCACUCAACCAUACAGAUUUUCUUCAUCUUCAGACUGCCCUUCUGUGGUCCUAAUAUCAUCAAUCAUUUUUCCUGUGAUCUAAGUCCUUUGCUCAAUCUGGCCUGCACUGAUACCCAUACUCUAGGACUCUUUGUUUCUGCCAACAGUGGCUUCAUCUGCCUGCUAAACUUCCUCCUCUUGAUGAUCUCCUAUGUGAGUAUUCUACGUUCCCUGAAGAACCACACCAUGGAGGCAAGGCGCAAAGCCCUCUCCACCUGUGUCUCCCACAUCACAGUAGUUGUCUUAUUCUUUGUGCCUUGCAUAUUUAUAUAUAUGAGACCUGCUGUUAUUUUACCCAUUGAUAAGGCAGUUACUGUAUUCUAUACUGCAAUAACUCCCAUGUUAAAUCCCUUAAUCUACACCUUGAGAAAUGCACAGAUGAAAGAAGCCAUUAAGAAACUGUGUAGUAAGAAAGCUAUUUCAGAUGACAAAUAA